AUAAGAUAGAAGACUCUUGUUAAAUAAAAAGGGUUAGACACAAAAGGUGCAACAAUGUCUUUGUUUGCUAAAAGUGUUUCCAUACUUUGGGUGUUUAUGCUUUUAUCAUCAAACAAUGCUAUGGCGGUGAAGAAUCUCGUUAUUGAGGUCACAAAUAAUUUGGCAGGAAAUUUGGACUUAAACGUUUCUUGUCCCAAUAUUGAUUCUGCACAUGAACAGCACCUUCUUCACCCGGGUACUCACCAUCAAUGGAGUUAUUCUGGUUAUAUGCAACCUACAAAGCCACCGUUCCUUUGUUCCUUUCAAUGGCAAGGACAAGGUGCCUCUCGUUCGUUUAAUAUGUACGUUCCAACUCUGGAUUUUUAUCGCGUACAGAGUCAUUGGUAUAUAAAACAAAGUGGACCAUGUAGGAUGGAUUAUUUAUUCCUUCCCAUGCCCACUUAUGUUUGUUCUGAAUGGGAGACUUUUUUCCCCUCCUCUUCUUUCAAUGGUAUGUUGAAUAUGUGUGUAUUUGGUAGAAGUAGUGUUUUGAUUGUGUUGGUACUUGUGGGUGUUUUGUGGUGGCCAAACGAUGCUGGGACACCAACGAAAUGGAAAGCGAAUAUAAGCGUUAAAAAUAGUUUGGGUGGAAAUAUGGGAUUAAACGUUUAUUGUCCCCAUAUUGAUCCAAAGCAGCACUUUCUGGGAACUGGGGCUUACUAUGAAUGGGUUUAUUCUGGUGGCAUUCCAUCGCCAGGAGAGACACCAUUUCUUUGUUACUUUACAUGGCAAGGUGCCUCUCACUCCACUGAUUUGUGCGUCCCAGAUAAAGAUACCGGUUGCGAAUUUGCCGAUUGGGAAAUCAAACUAAAUGGAUUGUGUAGGUACUUUGGUGCCGGACCUGGGGCCUAUGUUUGCUAUAAAUGGAAUAAUUAAAUAAACAAACUUCAGUUCAUGUUUUCUCUA